CGCCGCUUCGCCCUCUCCGGCGGCCGCUGCCAUGGGCACCGACAGCCACGCGGCCGGGGCGCUCCUGGCGCGGGCCCGCACCCUGCACCUGCAGACGGGAAACCUGCUCAACUGGGGCCGCCUGCGGAAGAAGUGCCCAUCCACGCACAGCGAAGAGCUUCGAGAUUGUAUCCAAAAGACCUUGAAUGAGUGGAGUUCGCAAAUCAGCCCAGAAUUGGUCAGGGAGUUUCCAGAUGUCUUGGAAUGUACUGUCUCUCAUGCGAUAGAAAAGAUAAAUCCCGAUGAAAGAGAAGAAAUGAAAGUUUCUGCAAAGCUAUUCAUUGUAGGAUCAAACUCUUCAUCGUCAACCAGAAAUGCAAUUGACAUGGCCUGCUCGGUCCUUGGAGUUGCGCACCUGGACUCUGUCAUCAUUGCUUCUCCUCCUAUUGAAGAUGGCGUUCAUCUUUCCUUGGAGCAUUUGCAGCCUUACUGGGAGGAAUUAGAAAACUUAGUGCAAAGCAAAAAGAUUGUUGCUAUUGGUACUUCUGAUCUAGACAAAACACAGUUGGAGCAGCUGUACCAGUGGGCACAGGUAAAACCAAAUAGUAACCAAGUUAAUCUUGCCUCCUGCUGUGUGAUGCCACCUGAUCUGACUGCAUUUGCUAAACAAUUUGACAUACAGCUAUUGACUCAUAAUGAUCCAAAAGAACUGCUUUCUGAAGCAAGUUUCCAAGAAGCUCUUCAGGAAAGCAUCCCUGACAUUCAAGCACAUGAGUGGGUACCACUGUGGCUACUGCGGUAUUCUGUCAUUGUUAAAAGCAGAGGGAUUAUUAAAUCAAAAGGCUACAUUCUACAAGCUAAAAGAAGGGGUUCUUAACAAUGAUUUAUGAUCACAACUACUGACUUUGUAUUUUGCUUGAAUAUAAGAUAAAAUGCAGAUGCGUAAAAAUCUAAAUGGUGUCUUUGAGGCACAUAUGCUUUA